CAUUGAUAAUCCAAUUCUAAAAUAUUAAUUUUAACACAUUUUUCCUUCAUACACAAAAUGGCCAACUUCUCAACCACUUUGUUCAUGUUGCUCCUCCUUGUUGCAUCAUGUAGCAGCGGCGCUCGCGACAAAGCGGGUAGUAUCAGCGCAAAUGUGAUAGUACCAAAUGAUCGAUGCUUAACAAAUCUGGGCUUAUGCCGUGAUAAACUUUGUGGCGAACAGUGUUGUGAGAAGAAUUGUUUUGAUAAUUUCACGGUGAAAAAUCCAUCUGGUGCUUGUGAGACCAUCCUCGUCUUUCCAUUGAUCAGACUUUGCAAUUGUCACCAUGAUUGUUAGAAUACAAAAAUAAAAAAUAGUGGAUCAAAACUUUUAAUUUGAUGUUUUAUUAGGAUACUAGUAUAGUACCCGCACGAUGUGCGGAAAAUAUAAAAGAAUUAAUUGUAAUUGAAAUUUUG